AUGCCGCCGUUGGCGCCCGCGGUCGGAGCGAGUUCGCUCCCGGCGACCCCCCAGCCCUCCGCCAGCCCCGCGCCUUCGUCCUCUUCGUCCUCCUCGAGCUCGCCGCCGAUCGGCGGCGAAGACAUCGGCGCAGUCGUGGUCGACAUUGGCAGCCACACGAUUCGCGUGGGCAAUGGCCAAGAGGACUGCCCGCGGCAGUUCUUUCUCGCGGCGGCGCUGCGCAGAACUGGCAAACCGCGGUCGCGGCUGCCGCCGCCCGGGACGGUUUGCGGAGACUGUGCGGCCUGUUGCUGCUGCUGUCGCGCCGCCGCUGAGGUCGAUCCCGCCGGCGCCGGAGACGGCGAGACGCCGAAGGGCGGCGCCGCGGGCGACGCGCAGGCGCAGGAGCCUUCAGCGAAGGACGGCGGAGCCUCUGGGCGCGGCGAGACGUGUUGUGCGUGCUGCCUCAGCUGCGGAGAGCGCGCAGGCCGCCUCGUCUUCCCUGUUAGCUUCUACGACAAGGUAGCCGACUGCGAAGUGCGCAGGUGCCUCUCCGCCUCAGCCGCCGCGGAGUCGGUCCCCCCCCGCGACGCGUCGCUGCGUUUGGACGAGGAUGUCUUUCGCGUCCUGCUGUAUCGCACGGUUCAGGGCACGUAUCCGCCAGCGUCCGCGAAGAAGGUCUCUGCGUCUGCGGGCUGCUGCUGCUGCGCGGCGUCCGCCGCCCCCGCGGCGGGGACUGUGGUGGCGACGGGCGUCGCCUCUAGGUCGUUCCCCGAGCCGUUCACGACGGUGGCGUCGGGCGGCCUUGGCGUGCUGCUGGAGGAGCAUGCAGUGCUGGUGACGGAGCCGACGCAGACGGAUUUCGCGUUUCGCGAGAAGACCGCGAAGAUCCUAUUCGAGGAGAUGGCGGUGCCUGCGGCCUUCUGGGCGAAGCAGGCGAUGCUGGCGGCGUUCGCGGUCGGGAAGUCGACGGCACUCGUCGUGGACGUCGGCGCCUCGGGCCUCUCCGUAAGCCCCGUCUACGAGGGCUUCUGCCUGCAGAGGAACACGCGAAAGUACCCAGUCGCCGGCGACUUCCUCGACGAAAUCGUCGCACGCGUCCUCGCCAGGGAAACCGCCGCCACCCGCCGGCGACCGCCCGCCGCGCCCACAGACUCCACGGCGCACUUCGGCGGCCUCUGUCUCCCCGCGUUCACGCGCCGCCGCACGCGCGCCGGCGCGGAGGCGCAAGCGGCGGCGGAGCGAGAAGAAGCGGAGCUCUUUCGUGGCGUCUGCGCGAGCUUUCUGCGGGAGAGCUCGCAGGAAGUCGCGCGCACGCUGAAGGAGAGCGUCUGCCGCGUGCAGACAGACAGCGACGAUGAAGAAGAGGAGGAGGACGAGGGCGAGGAGGAGGACGAAGAUGGCGGAAACGAGGGACGCAGACGCAACAAGGGCUUCAAGAAGAAGGUGGCGAAGGCGCCCGGGAGGCCACCGAGCCGGAAGCCAGGCAAGAAGUCCGGCAGCGCGUCGAGCGGUGAAGAGGACACCACCUUCGUCAGCGACGAGGAGAAGAAGAAGGCCGCGCUGGCGAGCAAAAAGAAAAAGCGGCGGUGCGCCGCCUCGAUCUACGAACUCCCAGACGGCUCGCUUGUGAACUGCGACCAAAACUUAAAGUUCGACGUCGGCGAAGUCCUCUUUCGACCCAAAGAGGCGCUGCGCGCCCUCGGGCUGUGGAGUGAAGUGAAGGAAGCAACCGCAAACGCAGAGGGGAACGAACAAACUACCGACUCUUACUGGGAGAAGCGUCUCGACGGAUUCAAAGGAGUCACAAAGGCGAUUGAGGCGUGCAUCGAUUCGUGCGACGUAGACAUCCGACGAGAGCUUCUCGCUUCGAUCGUCAUCACGGGAGGCACCAGCCUCAUGCCGGGCUUCCUCGACCGCGUCUCGAAGGAGCUGCACUCGCCGCUCACGUUUUCCUUUUCGAAUUCACCGGCGAUCAAAGUCCGCGUCGUCGCCCCUAACACCUCCGUGGAGCGGGCCUUCUCUACGUGGCUGGGCGGCAGCAUCCUGGCCUCCCUCGGGACUUUCCAACAACUCUGGAUUAGCAAGCGCGAGUACGAAGAACACGGCGUCGACGUCAUCAACCGGCGGUGCGCCUGA